AUGGAGCGAGGUAACGGGACUUCUGGAGCGGGUGGCGGUGCCGCGCACGUCUCGCCCUACUGCGGUGAUCUUCUAGUUGACUUGCACGACGUUUACGUCCACUACCACGGUUAUGCCAGCCUACUGGUAUGCGCGUUCGGUUCGGUUGCCAACGUGCUAAACAUCGCCGUGCUGACACGCAAAGAAAUGGUCUCGCCCACCAACGCCAUACUCACCGGACUGGCCGUGGCCGACCUACUGGUCAUGGUCGAGUACGUGCCGUUCGCCUACCAUAUGUACCUCCGGCCAGCCAACUAUCCACGCGCCGACCGCUUCUCCUACAACUGGUCUCUGUUCGUCUUACUCCAUUCGGACUUUUCGCAAGCAUUCCACACCAUAUCCAUAUGGCUGACGGUCACCCUGGCCGUGUGGAGGUACGUUGCCGUGGUUCAUCCUCAGAUCAACCGGAUAUGGUGCAGGAUGGAGACCACUCUGUCGGCGAUCGCGUUAGGCUACCUGGUGUGCCCGAUUAUCUGCAUACCAAGCUACCUGUCGUUCAACCUGUUCUCUCGAGUGGAGACCUUGGACGCGAACGGCAACCGUCCGGCGUCUGCGCUGCAGUCAGCGUUGAGGCGGGCCAAUAACGGCACCGAUGCCCACACCGGUCAAGGCGCCGGCGGAGGAGGCUUUAGCAUAAGCACCAGUGGAGGUGUUGGUGAAGUAGGUGGAGGUGGUAACGACAGCGGUGGGCCUCUGCGCAACGUCACCCUAUACUACGUCAACGUCAGUGACCUUGCCACGUCCACGUAUCUGGCAGACAUCAAUUUCUGGGUGUACAGCGUCGUCAUCAAGAUCAUACCGUGCGUGGCGCUCACCGUUCUCAGCCUGCGACUGAUAUGCGCGCUGCUGGAGGCCAAACGCCGCCGUGCCAAGCUGACGGGCAGUGGUCGCAAGUCGGCCGACAAGGAGCGGCAAACGGACCGGACCACCCGGAUGUUGUUGGCCGUGCUCUUGUUGUUCCUGAUCACCGAGUUCCCGCAGGGCAUAUUAGGCCUGCUCACGCUGCUGCUCGGCAAGCGGUUCUUCCAGGACUGCUACCAGAACAUGGGCGAGGUUAUGGACAUGCUGGCGCUGGUCAACUCGGCCAUCAAUUUUAUACUGUACUGCGUGAUGAGCCGGCAGUUCCGCAACACGUUCAGCCUGCUCUUCCUGCCGUCCUGGAUCUCCAAGGCCGAGUCACAGGCUCUGUCACACGGUAACCCAACCACCACGCAAGUCACGCAAGUCUAA